GUCACUCUUGGUUUGCCAAACGGUGGUGCCCGGAAGAAAAAUGGCGGAUCACGAUGAGCAGUUAUCCGAUGAGGAGAAGGUACGCAUAGCAGCCAAUUUCGUCGUCCAUGCUCCACCGGGAGAGUUCAAUGAAGUUUUUAAUGAUGUGCGAUUGCUGCUCAACAACGACAACCUUCUCAGGGAAGGGGCUGCGCAUGCAUUUGCACAGUACAACGUGGACCAGUUUACCCCAGUGAAAGUUGAGGGAAGUGAAGAGCAGGUCUUAAUCACAGAGCAUGGAGAUCUUGGAAACGGCAGGGUCCUGGACCCCAAGAAAAAGAUCUCCUUCAAGUUUGAUCACCUGCGCAAGGAGGCCAGUGACCCACGGCCCCAAGACGUAGACAGCACCAUGGAGGGCUGGAGGAACGCUGUGGACACUGCUGUCAGGGCCUACGUCAAGGAGCAUUACCCCAAUGGUGUCUGCACUAUUUACGGGAAAACCAUUGAUGGACAUCAAACUAUCAUUGUUUGUAUUGAGUGCCAUCAGUUUCAACCAAAAAACUUCUGGAACGGACGCUGGAGGUCAGAGUGGAAGUUCACCAUCACCCCCUCCACAACUCAAGUGGCCGGAAUCAUGAAAAUCCAGGUUCAUUACUAUGAAGAUGGCAACGUCCAGCUGGUGAGCCACAAAGAAGUUCAAGAGUCCAUGUCGAUUUCCAAUGAAGCUACAACAGCAAAAGAGUUCAUCAAGAUUAUGGAGGCAGUGGAGAACGACUACCAGACUGCCAUCAAUGAAAAUUACCAGACCAUGUCGGAUACUACCUUUAAAGCCUUACGACGCCAGCUUCCUGUGACCCGUACCAAGAUUGACUGGAAUAAGAUUCUGAGUUACAAGAUCGGCAAGGAGAUGCAGAACGCUUAAAAUAAGAGAAUAAUAACUCAACAAUAUUGCAUGACUGGAUUAUUGUUUUGUCUUUGUUCAAAUUACAAAAAAAUUGGGAAAAGGAGUGUUUGGUCCACAAAUUUCACAUACUCUGUAAAAUGCCUACCCUUAUUAAUGUUUUUAUACAGACUCUGAUAAAAUACCUGUAUAAUAUAUAAUAACGAUAUGCCCAUUAUUUGGGAAAAUAAAAUGAUGAAGAAAUUAUAGUACAUAAGGAGAGAGGGCAGAUUUUCAUAUGCAAAGCACCCUGAUUAAGUUUGUCAUAAGUGCAAUAUUUAUAGUUGUGGUGAGACCACAACUGGUCUUUGACCUCUGAAAAAAGCCAAUCCAAUUGCAAUAGCAAAAUAAAUGUUGCAGGGACUCAGAGUAUUUCGGCUAAACAGAUUACCCAUCAAGAUUACUCUUAAAAAUAUAUAUAUUCCUAUAAUAUUGGUACUCCCUCACUGUUACCCCAGUAUAUUGCAAUAGCUCAAGCUGUCCUGGGAAACUUGCAAAUUAGCUUGAGACUGUUUAGCUCUUACCUAAGCAGUAAAGGAGUGAAAUACAUUGACAUCUUAAUUAACAAGUAUUUAAUUACUGCGUAGUGUGCAAAAUGUUUGAUUUACAAUAAAAUAAAAAGUAACACACUUCCUCGGUGCUUAUUUUUUAUUAAAACAAGACCUGACUGUAUUAAAACAUGGCACAUUGUAAUAUAUAGUUGUAUUAAAAACCUGUUUGUCAAUUUGGUGAUUUAUUUACUUCAGAUAAAUUGUAAUUCAGUCAAAUUAUGCUGCAUUAAAUUAAACAUUUUCUAUUUAA